GGCAGCUGCCCGGGGAUGGUGGCCCCGCCCGCCCGCUGCGCCCCGCCCACAGCCCUGCCGCGCCCACAUCGCUCGGUCACGCCCCCAGCGCAGGGCGCGGGGAGGGGCCGGGAGGGCCGCGCGUGCGCAGGGCCGCCCCCUGGCGGCGCGGAGGAAGAUGGCGGCGGGCGGGCCGUCGCGGGCCCCGGAGCGGCGGCCGGACCCGCUGUCCCGCCUCACCUGCCCCGUGUGCCUCGAGGUGUUCGACUGCCCGAAGCCGAGGGCACAGAGCUCUGUCCAACAGCAAACAAUUCUGGGUGUGACAGCCUGGGAUCUUUCAUGCCCAGCUUCUGCACACCGUGCCUGCAGGAGUGCCUGAAGCCCAAGAAGCCAGUGUGUGGGGUGUGCCGCAGCACCCUGUCACCCGGGAGCAGGGCUCUGGACUUGGAAAAGCAAAUUGAAACGACAGAAACCACUUGCAACGGCUGCAAUAAAAAAAUGUUCCUGUCCAAGAUGCGCAGCCACGCCGCCUCCUGCUCCAAGUACCAGAACUACAUCAUGGAAGGUGUCAAAGCUGUUACUAAAGAGCCCCUCCACAGCACCAGGAGCUUCCCAAAUCGCUUCACCUUCCCGUGCCCGUACUGCAGCGAGAAGAACUUUGAUCAAGAAGGGCUGGUUGAACACUGCAAAGCUUUGCACAGCAUGGAUGCAAAACAAGUGGUGUGCCCAAUUUGUGCCUCAAUGCCGUGGGGGGACCCCAACUACAGGAGUGCAAACUUCAUGGAGCACCUGCAGAGACGCCAUCGCUUUUCCUACGACACCUUUGUGGAUUAUGAUGCUGAUGAGGAUGAUAUGAUGGCGCAGGUUUUGAUGCGCUCUCUGCGGGAUAAGUGAUCUAGCCAGAGGAUUUACUGCAAACCCAAGCUUCCACGAGGGGGAAAUGCCCAGCACCCUUGCACUUCUCCCUGCACAUCCCAAGAUUAACUCAGGCAUCCAGAAGUACAGAAGACUUUAAUCCUAUCUCAGUUUUGAAUCCUGGUUUGAUAUUUCUGUGCCAUUCAGUCUUUUGGUAUCAUGGUCUCUGACAUUCAGCCCUGCCAGCUCCAUUUUUCUACUUGCUUAGACUCAGUUUCAUUGUAGAUCAACACGUGAGAACCAAGGCUUUUUCUUUACCUAUGCCUAUAGGUUUCUUUGGAGGUCGUGUUUAUUUGACUGUCUAAAAUCAAAAACAUUCCAAAUGGAAUGGCCUGAACUAGUUAAUGAAUAUCCUCCUAAUCUCAUUUACAUAUCUCAAGUGAUUGUAUGUGAGGUGUACUGGUAGCUCUGUUCCCCUUUAGUGAGACUUCAGGUGCUAACUGUAACUGUCAGACCAGCUCUCAUUUAAGUGACCUCUGAUGCCUGUGAUUCCAUAAUGUCUCCCAGUGUUUCAAUCCUUACAGGCAGCCUCCCAACUGUAGGGAAAACAUAUCCUCAGUAUGAGUGUUCAAACUGCAAACUUUUCCUAGGAAAUCUUUGCACUGUGUAAAAACUAGUUCAAAAUACUUCAGUUCUAUGCAUGAUGAUUACUUUCCUCCAUACUCUUACUAUAAUUUCUAGCCUGGAAAAUGAUCUUUAGUGUUGGUCUUAGUUAAAAUGCAUAAGUUUUUUAACUAUCUUAGCAAAUAUUAAUCAAAAUUGCUGGCUUUAUGAUUAAAUUGGUGGGUUUGAAACUGGUGGCAAAUAUUAAUCAAAAUCACUGGCUUUAUGAUUAAAUUGGUGGCUUUGAAACUGGUUUCCUAGUAAUUCUAAGCCUUAUGCUGAUAGGGGAAUUCAGAAGGAUUUUUUCAAUACCUCGGCUUUCUAUUUAAACUAAAAUUUUCAUCUAUGUUCUUGGGUUUUCCAUCUCUCAAGGCAAGCUGGUGGGAAAAUUACAAGUAAUUCAUAGCGUUGGCAUAGCACUUCCUUUCUGCAUCACAGAUUUUAUCAGGUAUUUUGAAUUCCUGUUCUUCAUUGAAAUGUUCCUGAAGUGGCUGAAGCUGUACUUGGAUUGUUUGCCAUCGGGCAGUGUGUGUGUAGAGCCAGGUGUAGCUUCCAAGGAAAAGUAAAAUACAGCCCUGAAAGCAGGACAGUUCCAGCCCCUAGUCAGUGGAUACUCUAUGUUCAAGCCUACACUUUUACCAUGGAGAUUCCUUAAUUUUAGUGUGAUGCUUUCAAGAAGUUCAUAGUGGAGCUGCUGAGAUCUAAGGCACCUGACCAGAACCUGUAAAUCAGUGUUGAGAUGUCAAAUGCAAGUGUUGUAAUUGGAGCAGUGGGCCUGCACCACCCCAGAACUGAGUAUUAAUUAAUUGUUUGAGCAGUAAGCUCCUCCCAUUGUGCUCUGCAGACAGCAGCACAGCCUUACCCUGAAAAUAAUGAAACACACUGCAGCUAAAACCUCAUGGUUCAGCCUUGUGUGCAGGCACCUCUGCUGCCCUUGGGGUUUGUGUUUCUGUGCCCUGGUAGGAGCUGUUACACUCCCAGCCUGAGCUGGGGUGGGCACUGGGAGCCCAGUGCUGGGGGCUGGGAGGUGUGGAUCCCCCUGGCUGUGUGGGGAGGGAGCUGUGCUUGGGGUGGUUAUUGCAGUGCUUGGCCUGCAGAGAGCUGAAGGGCUCAUGGGCUUGGAUGGGGAUCUCUGGGCUCUGGUCACAGUGCAGUUUGGUGAUGCCCAUUGCCAGGAAUCCAGAUUCCUGCUGCUGUUCUAAGUGCACUUCCAUGCAACUCUGAUAAAAUGUUUAAGGAGCAAUUAGAAGCUUCCAAGCAAUUAAUUUGUCAUGUUUUUGACUUUUGAAGUUACAAAUAAAGGCCAUUUAAUUUAUAAAAUCCUA